AUGGCUGGGAUCGGAUCACCGCGUAAUUCAUUCCCUGUUAAUGGCAGUUUAGAAGUGUUACGGAUGAAAAUGGAUAUCGAUUCUAUGUCUCGUCAAUCAGCUAUGAUGAUUAAGUUUACUGAUGAAAGCAUUGCCGCUCUUAAAUUAGCUCAAAAGACACGACAACCGAUACGAUUAAAAAUUGAUAAACAGGGAGGUGCUAUUGAAAUCGGUUGUAGUGGACAGACAACCAAAUUUCGUUUCGUCAUACAGGAAGUACCGGGUGCACCAGCUGAUGCUGUAUCUUAUGAUUGUCAAAAGAGAUACCGGACAGUGGCUACUUUUCAUUCCAAAAUACAGGUGCAGACCACUGCGAAAGCGCUUGCGGAAACACGCGAUAAGCUUAUUGAGGAAGAAAAAAAGAAACAAAUGAAGGAGUCGUCAAGACAUAAACAUGAACAACAUUCAGUAACUGUGAAGCGUGCAACGAAUCCAUUUGCAAUCAGCGCUCAACGUCCAAGUUCAUCAUCUUCCGCUCGAUCUUAUUAUUCUGAUUCUUCAAGCAAAAGUACUGCAUCCAAAAGUGUGGGUAACCAGCAGCAACGAAUCUCUUCUAAUGCAUCAGCUGCUGGUGCACGAUCGUUUGUCCGCGCAGAACUUUCAAGACGACCGCUAAGAAAACGUGUCAUACAUUUGGUUAUUCUUGGACGAUUCUCUUCGGCAAGUGAAAUUAUUACGCAAAUACGAAAAGAUUCAUUGAGUGAAGAGAUUGCUCAGGAAGAUGUUGAUCGAAUACAAGAUAUUACCGAUGAGAUUGGAGAAUUGAAUCGUGAAACUGGUCGAUUGCAACUCAAACAAGUAUACUAUAAUGAGGUUGAUGCACGUUGGCCAGGUUUUAGUUCAGAUGAAAAAAGUUAUGUAAGGAAGAUUUUGUCCGGUAGCUUGGGUAAUAAUGUUUCAAAUUUUGCACCGAUACGAAAAUCAAGAAUUGUUCCCAUAACGGCUCCUGGAUCAGGAACGCUGAUUAAUAAUGCAGCUUCAUCAACAGAUGAAUCAUCUUUUCGUGCUGUACAAAGCAAAUCUCCGGAAUCCACAGCUUCCAGCAUUAGCUCAAAAAGUCCGGCUGAAAUUAACAAUAAUGUAAAUAAUACGGGGAUGGAAGGUAAAGUGAAUGAUGAUCUCAAUAACUCAAGUGUGCUCAAUUCAAAGCGACGUGCUAAUUCAAUAGCACCUCCUCAGAUCACCUCCAAGCGAGUGCGACAGCAAUCGUUAUCACCACCGGAAGAUCCAUCGAAUGCUAAUUUAACCACGAAUCCACAACAAACGAAAAAUACUGGUCAAAGUACUAUUGGACUGAGUGAUAGUGAACGACCAGCGGAACCAAUGAGCUCUACAGGCACUGACUUAUCGCCUAAUUCUGCACCACAAACUAGUCGUGAUUGGUUGAAGGAAUUUCCAGAACCACGUAGUUUAGAAGAAGCUGAAUUAUACUACCUGAAGUUUCUGGAAGAUUAUCCAAAGUACCUGACAUGUUAUAAUCUUCUGUCAGCUGUAGUAAACGAAUUCAAAGGACUAGAAAAAAAGAUGAAUGAAGCGCCGAAGAAUUCAAAAGAACAUGAAAAGGCAGAAGAAGCAAUAGAAAUGCGAUACAUGCAUUAUCAGCGUAAUCCAGAAUAUUUGGAAACAAGGCAGAAACAUGAAGAUUUGAGAUCGAAGUUGGAAAUUUUGAAGAAGCAUGUAGAUUUUUGGGAAAAAAAUCAGGGAAAACAGCUUGCUGUAGAUAAGACUAAUUUAAACAACAAUGGCAACAACAGUAAUCACUAUACUCCGAAGAAUACUUCAGCAUCAUGA